ACGUGCCGAGUGAGAGAGUUGGAAGCAGAAGCUGCAUCUGCAGCUGAGUCCCAUUCUCACCUUCUGCAAGAAAACCAGAGGCUUCAUGAAAACUUAACGCUUGUGGCGAAAGAGCACAAGAACAUGGCAGCUGACUUGGAGAAUGCUGUGCAACAGAAGAAAGACCUAGAACUUCAAAUUCAGGAGUAUGUGAUCAAAGUGGCCAAAAUAGAAGAGCUCUUGCGUACAAGGGAUCAAGAGAGGGAAGAUCUCUUGGACCAGUACCGGUCUCUAAUCUCAGCCAACGCUGAUCUGCGGACUCAGGCCGAGCAGAGCCAGAGAGAACAAGACAGCAGUGAUGCCACACUCAAUAGCCUGCGUCAGCAGCUUGCACGGCACAUGAGCGUGACGUCAGAGCAGGAGCAGAAGCUGGCCUCAUUGGGAGCAACAGUGGCGGCACUGCAAGAGUCCUUGCAGCGCAGCGCUGCCGAGGGAAGUCGGCUGAAGGAGGAACUGCAGAAGAGCUCGGAUACGCGUGCAAGACUUGCUGAGCAGGUGGAAUCGCUACAGGACCAGCUCGCCAAAGAACAAACUGUCAACAAUCAGAUCUCUGGGCAUUUGAGGCGCCUCGAAGACGAUCUUUCUCUGGCACGCACCGAAGCGGCUACGGCUCGUUCUGAUGCAACCAGCCUAGAGCGCUUGCUCGCCACGUCCCGGGAGCAGCGUUGCCAGACAGAUAUUGCCCUUGAGAGGCUCUCUGCCGAGAUGGAAAAAAUGAAGCAGGACAUGCAAGCAGGAGCCACAAGCAGGGCUGCCCAGAAUGAAGAAAACAAUUUUCUUAGAAGCAAGCUUUCGGAGUUUGAGCAUGCAGUGGAACAGUUAAAGCAACAAGUGAUCAACGAGCAGUAUGAAAGGGAGAAGUGCAAGGAAGAGUUGAACCGGCUGCAGCAACAAGCACGCAGUGGACUUAAUGGCAAACUUACGCUGCAUGGUUUCACGGGUUCAUUCCAGACAAGGCUCAACUUUAGCCCAGAAAAUGGAACCAGGCCCCCGCAAUAGCCUACGUGUCAUUGGAACUUCGUCACAGAAGGCACAGUACCUCAUUUGGACAGCAUGCAUUUCGCAUGGUUUUGAAAACAACUCGCUCAUUUGUACAGGAAAUCAUUUGAUAUCAUAACCAUCCUUUUAUAUAUAUGUUUUAUUUUUAACCACGGCUUUCUUGAAGCAUGGCUAUACGAGUGUUUUGCACUGUAGUAUAUCUUGCUACCCACGCUGUGGU